AUGGUCCCACCGGACUGCGGGAGGUGUGGGUGUGUGGAGAGCAGUCAGCUUUCUAUGGAGGAAACCAUUAAAGCCAUGAUGACACUGUGUUUCUCAGCUCAUCAAAAGAAACACAUUAUGUGUAUUCCCGCUCUACGGCGACUGCAGAGCUUGAGUCUGUAUGAGCAGCUUCAGAAGCAGCUUUCCAAGCUGGAGGAGACAGAAGGAGGCUAUGACCAGUUCACACAAAGCUACAAGACCUUCGGUGUGCAGCGGCAGCCGGACAACAGCCUGCAUUUUAGGGAGUGGGCUCCGGCUGCAGAGGCCCUUUUCCUAACCGGGGACUUCAAUGCCUGGGAGAAAUUCACCCACCCCUACACCAAGCAAGAAUUUGGCAAGUGGGAACUGAUUCUACCUCCGAAGCAUGACAACUCUCCAGCUGUGGAUCACAACUCCAAACUCAAGGUGGUGGUUCACACGGAGGAAGGUGAACGUCUGUACCGCAUCUCGCCCUGGGCUAAAUAUGUGACCAGAGAUGAGAAAUCUGUCAUCUACGACUGGGUUCACUGGGAUCCACCUAAUCCCUACACUCAAAUCCACCCUCGGCCAAAGAAGCCCAAGGGCCUGAGAAUCUAUGAGGCUCACGUGGGCAUCGCUUCACCCGAGGGAAAGGUUGCCACGUACACCAACUUCACAACCAACGUGCUGCCUCAUAUAAGAGACGCCGGUUACAACUGUAUUCAGAUGAUGGCUAUCAUGGAGCACGCCUACUAUGCAAGCUUUGGCUAUCAGAUCACAAGUUUCUUUGCUGCUUCCAGGACCAUCCUGCUCAGCGUCAUCUCUCUCCUCAACGAGCCCAACACCUUCUCCCCCGCCAACGUGGACGCCUCCGUCAUGUACCGCAAGUGGAGGGACAGCAAGGGCAAGGACAGAGAAUACAUCGAGAUCAUCAGAGAGUGGAAGGAGUAG